AUGAAAAACCUUUUUUUUGCGGGUCUCUGCACUCUCCUUGCGCUCCCUUCUUUUGCCGCGACAAAUACUCAGCAACAGCUCGCCCAAUUAGCUGCGGCAGGAAAUGGAAUCAUAAAGUUGAAUACCGAAACUUUUGACUUGUUGACUGCACCAAAGCGCACAUGGUCUGCCUCCAUCCAACUUACUGCUUUAGACAGUAGGCGUCGAUGCAACCCUUGCAAGGAAUUCAAUCCUUCUUGGGUUUCAGUUGCAAAAGCUUGGGCAACGGUGCCUGCUGAUAAACGCAAUGAACACUUCUUUGCCACCAUUGACUUCGAUGAUGGGACUGCAGUCUUCCAGAGGCUCGGGCUAGCAUCAGCGCCUGUUGUGUACCACUACCCUGCUACAGAAGGUCCCCGAAAACCUACUAAUGGAAAAACGUCUCCAGUUAAAUAUGACUUCUCAGAAGGCUUCGAAGCUGCACCUCUCGCCCAGUACCUUUCUCAAUAUACUCCUACUACUAUUCCCUACCGCGACCCUAUUGACUGGACUCGCUGGAUCACCAUCGCUGUUGGCGCUGUCGGCUCUUUGCUCUUUCUCAGGUUCAUCUCUCCCAUUGUUCAAAGUAAAUGGACAUGGGCAGCUGUAACUGUCGUUACAUCGCUUGUCAUGACAUCUGGCUACAUGUUUACUCGUAUCAGGAACUCUCCAUUCAAUGGUGGCGACGGCAGCUGGAUUGCUGCGGGAUACCAGAACCAAUUUGGACAAGAAGUUCAAGUUGUGGCCUUCAUCUAUGGACUAUUGGCGUUUGCAUUCCUUAUGCUCACAAUGGUUGUGCCUUUACAAACGUCACCACAAAAACAGCGUUUUCAAGUCUACAUAUGGACAGCAGUGAUCAUGAUUGUUUACUCUGUCCUUGUCUCCCUGUUCAGAGUCAAAAAUCGAGGGUACCCUUUCAAACUGUUUUUAUAA